UGUGAUGAGUGACACUUGAUGUCUCAUGUGGUGGUUAGCAUGACUCGUGUUGCUUGAAGUAUUUAGCACUUAUUAAACCAGGGCCCUGUGAAUGUACUUAGAGCUGCCAUCUUGUUCCAAUAAUAGCCUCUCUCUUCUUGUCAAUGACUGCUGUACUGAUGAACAAUUUAAUUGUAAUAUUCUCUGCUGCUUUAAUCUUUUUCCAGAUACAAAACUGUAGUCCUGUAUCUGCUCCAAUGGAAGAUAUUGUAUUUAAGGAUGGUAGUAUCAGUGUAGUGACAUUAGGACCAGAUAACAUUGAGUCUUCAAUCAGUAUCAACUGUACUGUACUCAAUAAUGGAUCAUUUCAGUUGGACUGGUUACAUAAUGAUCAGCAAUUAUUCGGUGAUAGGGUCAUGAUUGAUAUAACUAGAAGAUCAACAAAGUUACAAAUAACUAACAUAUCAUUCCAUGAUGAAGGAGUCUACACCUGUAUAGUGUACCGCCAAAAUGACCCACGGGAAUAUCAAAAGAACUUUAAAGUUGAAUUAAAAGCUACAUUAAGAAGUCACCCGACCGCUAGCAGCUGUCACGAUAACAUUGGAUUGAGCUGUGAGAUGAGUGGCUACCUCAGACCAGAAAUAAAAUGGAUGGAAAACAAUACUAAAACUAUAUCCAACAGCGAGCAAUACACUGUACUAACAACUGCAGGUAGGAACCAGACCUCCAUUAAUACUAAAGGAGAUUCCUCUACCAGUGUAGUAAGCAUACUCUCCAUUCAUGAUCCGUUAAAAGUUAAAGACUCUUCCUUCACCUGUUCAGUACCUGGUACUGAUCUAAACAUUACUCUACCUUUUACACUAAAUACCUCAACACAUCACGAGGAUUUAACGUCCAUUGUCCCUCCAUUGUCCACCAGUCCUUCGUCCAGUAGUCCAGUGUCCACUGUUCUAGUUACGCUAUUGUCCAUAUUGGGUUUAGUGACAAUACUCCUGUGUAUUUCUGUACUGUCUCUUGUAACGGCAACUUUUUACUGCAAAAGUAAAGAGACUAGAAAAGAAGUUCCGUCAAACAUAGUUGGAGGUACCCUACAGUCGGUGAUACUAACAAAUAAUGCAGCAUACUCCAGUGCACUGACGGGUAAUGUUGAAACUGAGACGAUAUACGAAGAGAUAAAGACGUCACAAGAUGAAGAUUAUGAUGAUGGAUACAUUUAGUUAGAAAAAUGAACAAAACUUUAAGUAUCUGAGAAAACAUUGUAUUUGCAAGUAUGAAACUAUUUAAUCAUUGCAUACUUUAGAUAGCGGUAGUUUAAGUUCCAUAAACUUCACCUGUAAA